CUGAUUGCGAAAUUUUUAAAAAAACGGUUUUAAUUCCGCCAGGUUUUCGGGGUCUGAUUUGCACUCGCUGGCGCUUUCCUCUGUGCAAUUAAUUCGGUUCCCUCAGACAAAUCCGCUGACUGUUUCCGUCGCCGGGCCCCCUGUCUGUCACUGCAGGAUGAGAAGUCCACGUUCUUCCAGUUCGGCGCCGCUCUGCAGCAGGAGGCCCUGCUCAUGCUCUCCAUCAUGGAGGAGUACGACUGGCACGUUUUUUCUAUCGUCACUUCCAAGUUCCCCGGGUACCAGGAUUUCAUCGGCACGCUGAAGAUCACCGUGGACCACAGCUUUGUGCGCUGGGACCUGCAGAGCGUGGUGACUCUGGACGCCGUGGACGGCGACCCCAACUCCAAGUCGCACAUCGCGCUCAAGAGGAUCCAGAGUCCCGUGAUACUGCUGUACUGCUCCAAGGACGAGGCCGUGUACAUUCUGGAGGAAGCUCGUUCCCUGGGCCUGAUCGGAGCCGGUUACAUCUGGAUCGUGUCCAGUCUCACCACUGGGAACCCAGACUUCACCCCCGAGGUGUUCCCCCUGGGCAUGAUCUCCGUGUCCUACGACGACUGGGACUACCCGCUGGACACGCGCGUGCGCGACGGCGUGGGCAUCAUCUCCUACGCCGCCACCGCCAUGCUGCGGGAGAAGGGCGAGCUGCCGGAGGCCCAGAACAGCUGCUACGGCACGCCGUCAGACAGGAGCCCCGGGAAGCUCCCGCCCAGCGCCCUGCGCAGACACAUGAUGCACGUGUGGAACGAAGGGCGCGACUUGUCCUUCACUCCAGACGGUUACCAGGCCAACCCCAAGUUGGUUGUCAUCGUCCUGAAUAGUGAAAGGAACUGGGAGAAGAUGGGCCGCUGGGAGAACGGGACGCUGUCGUUGAUGUUCCCGGUGUGGCCGAGGUACAACUCGCACGGGGACGAGGACGCGGAUGAAAACCACCUCUCCAUCGUCACCCUGGAGGAGAAGCCCUUCGUCAUCGUGGACAACGUGGACAUCCUCACCGGGACCUGCGUGAGGAACUCCGUGCCCUGCCGCAAGCACGUCAAAGACAACAGCACGGCGGGAGGCUCCUACAUCAAGCAGUGCUGCAAAGGGUUCUGCAUCGACAUUCUGAAGAAGAUAGCCAGGAACGUCAAGUUCACCUACGACCUCUACCUGGUCACGAAUGGAAAACACGGCAAGAAGAUCAACAACAUGUGGAACGGCAUGGUGGGAGAGGUGGUGUAUAAGAAGGCGGUGAUGGCGGUCGGCUCGCUGACCAUCAACGAGGAGAGGUCAGAGGCCAUCGACUUCUCCGUGCCCUUCGUGGAGACUGGCAUCAGCGUCAUGGUGUCGCGUAGCAACGGGACGGUCUCACCGUCUGCCUUCCUCGAGCCCUUCAGUGCAUCGGUUUGGGUGAUGAUGUUUGUGAUGCUGCUCAUCGUCACGGCCAUCGCCGUCUUCCUCUUUGAGUUCGUCAGUCCGCUGGGCUUCAACCGCAACUUGGCCCAAGGCAAAGACCCGCACGGCCCGUCGUUCACCAUCGGCAAGGCGGUCUGGCUGCUCUGGGGCCUGGUUUUCAACAACUCGGUCCCGGUGCAGAACCCGAAGGGCACCACCAGUAAGUUCAUCGUGUCGGUCUGGGCCUUCUUCGCCGUCAUCUUCCUGGCCUCCUACACCGCCAACCUGGCCGCCUUCAUGAUCCAGGAGGAGUUUGUGGACCAAGUCACCGGGCUGUCCGACAAGAAGUUCCAGAGUCCGUACUCCUAUUCCCCUCCGUUCCGCUUCGGGACGGUUCCUAACGGCAGCACCGAGCGCAACAUCAGGAAGAACUAUCCCGAUAUGCACCAGUACAUGACCAAAUACCACCAAACCGGUGUCACGGACGCGCUGGUCACCCUCAAGACCGGGAAGCUGGACGCUUUCAUCUACGACGCCGCGGUGCUGAACUACAUGGCCGGCCGAGACGACGGCUGUAAGCUGGUCACCAUCGGCAGCGGCUACAUCUUCGCCACCACGGGCUACGGCAUCGCCCUGCAGAAAGGCUCCUACUGGAAGCGCCUGGUGGAUCUGGCCAUCCUGGGCAUCAUCGGGGACGGUGAGAUGGAGGAGCUGGAGGCGCAGUGGCUGACCGGGAUCUGCCACAGCGAGAAGAACGAGGUGAUGUCCAGCCAGCUGGACGUGGACAACAUGGCGGGGGUCUUCUACAUGCUGGCCACGGCCAUGGGCCUCUCCAUCCUCACCUUCAUCUCCGAACACCUCUUCUACUGGAGGCUGAGAUACUGCUUCACCGGCGUCUGCACCGGGAGGCCGGGGCUGCUCUUCACCAUCAGCAGGGGUAUAUGGAGCUGCAUCCACGGCGUUCACAUAGAUAUGAAGAAAAAGAACCCGGAGCUGGACUUCAGUCCUCAAGCCAACAUGCUGCACCUGCUCAAGUCCGCCAAGUCCAUGGCUUUGUCUUCUCCCAAGCGCAACACUGUCCUCCUGCAGCCCAACAUCCUGGAUGUGAUGUCGGGGAAAGGUAACUCGCUGCACAGCCUGGCCCCGAAGGGUCCCGGUCUCUAUAGCAACGCCGGCGGCCCGCACAGCUUCUUGUCAUUGUCCGGACGGCACAAAAACCUCCUGAACAAUGCCGCGCCGUUCCCCGUGCCGAAGAAAGCCCCCCCUCUCCAAACCAGCCCCAACAAGCCCCAGCUGUCGGUCAGCAACGACAACGGCAAGACCCGCCUGGCGGGGGGGGCGGGCCCCUCCGCCGGGCCGCAGGGCUCGAAGCCGCGGGCCCUGUGGAAGAAGAGCGUGGAGACGCUGAAGACUCAGCCCGCCGCCAUAUCUCCGGGCCCGAGCCCCGUCCCGUCGUCCGGCCCCGGCCCCCCAGCCAUGAAGAGCCAGCGCUACCUGCCCGAGGAGCCGCCGCCGCCGCAUUCCGACAUCUCGGAGUGCUCCAGCCGGCCGCCGUCGCACAAGGACUCCGACUCCGUGGCGAGGUCGGGGGGCUUCAGGCCCAUCAAUCAGCUGAGGAAGAGGGGCGGGGCCGGCGGCGCCAAGAUCUACUCCAUCGACUCGGACCAGGCCAGCCUCCAGUCCGCUCCGCCCUACCAGCGGGACGGCCAGGCGGGAGGCGACGACCACGGCUACCCCCCCGACCUGUUCCCGCCGGAGAGCGCGUACUCGCACGCCCACCACGCGCUCUCCCACCAGGCGGACGCGCCCAUUCUGCAGCUGAGCGCCAGCCUGCUGCACCACAGCCACAGCGCAGAGGCCGACCUGCACUCCCUGAAGGACAAGAAGUACAGCACCUACACGCACAGCAGCUCGAAGGACAAAGCGGGCGGCUCGUUCGACGCUCCGGGCGCGGGGCAGGGGUCGCAGAGCGUCCGGCCCGGCCACUGCCGCUCCUGCCUCGCCAAGCUGAGCGGCUACUCGGGCCUCUACACCGUGCGCUCGCCGGGGGCCCGCUGCGACGCCUGCGCCCACCUGGGGAACCUGUACGACAUCCGGGAGGACCACCUGCACUCGCACUACUCCCACGCGCACGCGCACCCGCACGGCGGGGACAUGUUCACGCACUACCUGCCGCAGAGCGAGCUGGGCCUGGUGGGCGAAGGGGACGGGCUGGUCAGCCACUUCGAGCCGCCGCCGUCCUCGCCGUCGCCCCUCCCGAGCGCCUCCUCGGCGCAGCACCUCCAGCUGAGUCGCCAGCCCUCCUACGAGAACGUGCUUCCGGACGGCGUCGCCGAGCAGCGGCAGCAGCAGUCGCAGCAGCUGCACUCGCAGCUGCACUCCCACCUGCGGGGGCUGAGCCUGCCCGACAGGGAGCGGGAGAGGGAGCUGACCCUGGACGAGGGGGCCUACGCCAACGUGCUCACGAUGCGCUCCGACCGCCCGUUCAGCAGCCGCAGCCCGCCGUCCCCGUCGCCCUCGCACCACCACAGCCUGGACGCCCCCAUGGCCCUCCCCCGGCGCUCGAAGAGCCUCUUCCCCGAUCGCCCCUCGCACAACCCGUUCCUCCAGUCGGCGCCCGGCACGGCGCAGCGAGAGCCCUCCCCCCAGGCUGCCGCGCGCAUGCCGCAGAGGAGUUCCGCCCACGAGCUCUAUAAGCAGCGAAUGCCGCUGUCGCUUACCCUCGGUAACCAUAGCAGCCACCACAACAACCAGCACGGCGGCCUCGUCGACCAACAGGUGUUCUACCCUCAGCAGGAGCCCCCCGUGGUGGCCUACAUGGUCCCCCCCGCCGCCUCUCAGCCAAUGAGCUAUGUGACAGCGCCGCGGGCCUCGAGCGCCGGCGGCAACAGGCCCCGCCUCUACCGCCGCAUGCCCAGCAUCGAGUCCGACGUCUGAGGGCCCGGCGGCGCGCCACAAACGCGCACUCUCGCCCGAGACACACACACACACACACACUAACACAGGCGCGCGUGUG